AUGUCAAAAUCUACCACCUUUUUCUUAAUAACGUUAUCGGCGUUUUACCUCAUUGCAAUUGCAACAAUAAACUCACAUAUGUGCAAUGAUUCAAGCAACCCAGAGGCAUGCAAGAAAACCAUAGAGAAAUUAAAGAAAGAAAAAGAGAUUGAUCCGAAUAACACAAUUCGUAAAAUCAUCAAUUUUGGGCUUCAAAAAAGCCUGACUCUUAAAGCAAACAUGACUGAUUGGGUACGCCAUAGAAAUCUAAGAGCCAAUGAACAUGCUGCAAUCAAGGGUUGCUUAGAUGACAUGGAUAAUGUGGUUGAUGACCUACGGAAAACCCUAAAGGAGGUUGAUGAAUUAGCAGAGGCUCAAAAGGCACAAAAGAUGCAAGUUUUUAUGUUCCAUAAUAGAAACAUUAGAACGUGGUUGAAAACCGCUAUCAAUAAUCUUUUGUCUUGCCAAAAUGAUGAUUUUGCAAUGGAGGGAUUGGAAGGUGAGGUGAAACAAGAUGUGUUGAGAAGAAUUCCGGAUCUCAUAAUUGCAACUCGACUUGCGAUUUGGACCAUGGAAUUGCCUUCUCAAGACAUGAACAAUGUUUAA